GAGUUUUGAACUCAAGAGUGGGAAGUACUUCCUGGCUUGGGUGGAAUGUGGGAGGAGUACUCAGUGGCGGCUGACGAGAGCCCCUGGGGAAGUCUACGGGAAGGAGAUGGAGCAGGCAACGCGGACGGAUGGUGGGGCCCUUGGAGGUCUUCAGUCGAACCCUGACGUAGCACAGAGGGGAAAGUGAGGCCCGGAGAGGAUGGCCUUGUGGCCCCUGACCCACAAGCUGCCUCGUGACUAUCCCGGGCCUCCUGAGUUGGAGAGACCUGUUUUCUCCACGAUGUGGAAGGAUGCCACGGUGAGGAGAUCAUGAUGAGGACCUAGGGCACCUGCCUGCAGACUGUCCCCCUGGCCUGUGGUGACCAUGGCCCCCCGCAAGAGGAGCCGCCAUGGCCUGGGCUUCCUGUGCUGCUUUGGGGGCAGCGACCUCCCUGAGAUCAACCUCCGGGACAGCCACCCUCUGCAGUACAUGGAGUUCUCCAGUCCUAUCCCGAACCCGGAGGAGCUCAACGUCUGCUUUGCAGAACUGGUGGAUGAACUGGAUCUCACUGACAAAAACCGGGAGGCUGUGUUUGCACUGCCCCCUGAGAAGAAGUGGCAGAUCUACUGCAGCAAGAAGAAGGAGCAGGAGGACCCCAACAAGCUGGCGACCAGCUGGCCUGACUAUUACAUCGACCGCAUCAACUCCAUGGCUGCGAUGCAGAGUCUGUAUGCAUUUGAUGAGGAAGAGACGGAGAUGAGGAACCAAAUCGUGGAAGACCUGAAGACUGCCCUCCGCACACAGCCCAUGAGGUUUGUGACCCGCUUCAUCGAGCUGGAGGGCUUGACCUGUCUGCUGAAUUUCCUCCGGAGCAUGGACCACGCCACCUGCGAAAGCCGCAUCCACACCUCCCUCAUCGGCUGCAUCAAGGCUCUGAUGAACAACUCCCAGGGGCGGGCGCAUGUGCUGGCGCAACCUGAGGCCAUCAGCACCAUCGCACAGAGCCUGCGCACAGAGAACAGCAAGACCAAGGUGGCCGUGCUGGAAAUUCUGGGCGCUGUGUGCCUGGUGCCCGGCGGCCACAAGAAGGUGCUGCAGGCCAUGCUACACUACCAGGUGUACGCAGCAGAGCGCACGCGCUUCCAGACACUGCUGAAUGAGCUGGACCGAAGUCUGGGCCGAUACCGGGAUGAAGUGAAUCUGAAAACGGCCAUCAUGUCCUUCAUCAACGCCGUCCUCAAUGCUGGUGCUGGAGAGGAUAAUCUGGAUUUCCGCCUACAUCUACGGUACGAGUUCCUGAUGCUGGGGAUACAGCCUGUGAUUGACAAACUCCGGCAGCACGAGAAUGCCAUCCUGGACAAGCAUUUAGACUUCUUCGAGAUGGUUCGGAAUGAGGAUGACCUGGAGCUAGCCAGGAGGUUUGACAUGGUCCACAUUGAUACCAAGAGUGCUUCCCAGAUGUUUGAGCUGAUCCACAAGAAGCUGAAACACACGGAGGCGUACCCCUGCCUGCUGUCUGUCCUGCAUCACUGCCUGCAGAUGCCCUACAAGCGGAAUGGCGGCUACUUCCAGCAGUGGCAGCUCCUGGACCGCAUCCUCCAGCAGAUUGUCCUCCAGGAUGAGAGGGGCAUGGAUCCUGACCUGGCUCCCCUGGAGAACUUCAACGUCAAGAACAUUGUCAACAUGCUCAUCAACGAGAACGAAGUGAAACAGUGGCGAGACCAGGCGGAGAAGUUCCGGAAAGAACACACGGAGCUGGUGAGCAGGCUGGAGAGGAAGGAGAGGGAAUGUGAGACCAAGACGUUGGAGAAGGAAGAAAUGAUGCGGACGCUGAAUAAGAUGAAGGACAAGCUGGCCCGAGAGUCCCAGGAGCUGCGCCAGGCUCGGGGACAAGUGGCCGAGCUGGUGGCCCAGCUCACUGAAAUCUCAACAGGACCUGUAUCGUCCCCACCUCCCCCUGGGGGCCCACUUACCUUGUCUUCCUCCAUGACAACCCACGACCUGCCUCCCCCCCCGCCCCCUCUACCAUUCACCUGCUGCCCCCCACCGCCACCGCCCCCCCUGCCCCCCGGGGGGCCUCCCACUCCCCCCGGCGCCCCACCUUGCUUCAACAUGGGCCUGCCUCUCCCCGCGGACCCCUUCCCCAGCAGUGAUAUCCCACUCAGGAAGAAGUGUGUCCCCCAGCCUUCCCACCCACUCAAGUCCUUCAACUGGGUCAAGCUGAAUGAGGAACGUGUCCCUGGCACCGUAUGGAAUGAGAUUGAUGACAUGCAGGUAUUUCGGAUUCUGGACCUAGAGGACUUUGAAAAAAUGUUUUCAGCUUAUCAGAGGCACCAGGAGCUGAUAACUAAUCCUUCCCAGCAGAAAGAGUUGGGCUCCACCGAGGACAUCUACCUGGCCUCGCGCAAGGUCAAAGAGCUGUCGGUCAUCGACGGCAGGAGGGCACAGAACUGCAUCAUCCUUCUCUCCAAGUUGAAGCUUUCUAAUGAGGAGAUCCGGCAGGCCAUCUUGAAGAUGGAUGAGCAGGAGGACCUUGCUAAGGACAUGCUGGAGCAGCUCCUCAAGUUCAUCCCAGAGAAGAGUGACAUUGACCUCCUGGAGGAGCACAAGCAUGAGAUCGAGCGGAUGGCCCGGGCGGACCGCUUCCUCUAUGAGAUGAGCAGGAUCGACCACUACCAGCAGCGGCUGCAGGCUCUCUUCUUCAAGAAGAAGUUCCAGGAGCGGCUGGCUGAGGCUAAGCCCAAAGUGGAAGCCAUCCUGCUGGCCUCCCGGGAGCUGAUCCGCAGCAAGCGCCUAAGGCAGAUGCUAGAGGUCGUCCUGGCCAUCGGCAACUUCAUGAACAAAGGGCAGCGUGGGGGCGCCUACGGGUUCCGGGUGGCCAGCCUCAACAAGAUCGCCGACACCAAGUCUAGCAUUGACAGAAAUAUCUCUCUGCUCCACUACCUGAUUAUGAUCCUGGAGAAGCAUUUCCCUGACAUCCUGAACAUGCCCUCGGAGCUGCAGCAUCUUCCAGACGCCGCCAAAGUCAACCUGGCAGAGCUGGAGAAGGAAGUGGGCAACCUCAGGAGGGGCCUCAGAGCGGUCGAGGUGGAGCUGGAAUAUCAGAAGCGGCAGGUGCGAGACCCGAACGACAAGUUUGUCCCAGUCAUGAGUGACUUCAUCACGGUCUCCAGCUUCAGCUUCUCAGAGCUGGAGGACCAGCUCAACGAAGCCAGGGCCAAGUUCUCCAAGGCCCUGAUGCACUUUGGGGAGCACGACAGCAAGAUGCAGCCAGAUGAAUUCUUCGGCAUCUUUGACACCUUCCUGCAGGCCUUCUCGGAGGCCCGGCAGGAUCUGGAAGCCAUGAGGAAGAGGAGGGAGGAGGAGGAGCGGAGGGCGCGCAUGGAGGCUAUGCUGAAGGAGCAGCGGGAGCGGGAGCGGUGGCAGCGGCAGCGGAAGGUGCACGCGGCGGGCAGCGCACUGGAGGAGGGCGGCGAGUUUGAUGACCUGGUGUCGGCCCUGCGCUCGGGUGAAGUUUUCGACAAGGACUUGUGCAAGCUCAAACGCAGCCGCAAGCGAUCAGGGAGCCAGGCCCUAGAAGCCACCCGGGAGCGGGCCAUCAACAGGCUAAAUUAUUGACCUGGGGGACUGGCCACAGCGAGAAGCCGGGAGACAGGGAUGGGCCCGGAGGGGCUGAGCGGGGGAGGCCGUGGUACUUAAACAGUUUGGUGCUCGGUUUAGAGCCCUGGGCUGGGUCCUGGGGUUGGGGCUGUGUGUGGCAGGACCAGGUGUCUCCCCACCUGAAGGAGCUCCCCCUCAUCUCUUCUUCCCAUUCCUUCUGCACCCCAGCGCCCAGGGGUCGCCCUCUGAGGCUGACUUGGACACCCUUGGCGAGCCCCAGCUGAAGGGGUCUUGCACCCCAAGCCAAAGCAUGGCCAUCCAUAUUCUGGCACAGAAAUGCUCCAGAUCUAGACUGGAGAGAGGUCUAAGACCUUGUCCAGAUUUCCCGUGCCAUGGGAGCGAUGGGGUGGGCCAAGGCGGGGGCGUCCAGGCUCCCAUCUCUCAAGAGUAGGCAUAAUGGAACAUUGAUCUGGGACGAAGUUUCCUAUUGGAUGGAAGGGGCAUUAUAUAUUCUAGCUAGAUGUGUUCCCGGAGAAAAGAAUGCAGGGAGGCUGAUGCAGGGACCAAGUCAUCAGGACAGAGUGCUUAUUUCCUAGGAGGCCUCUGGCCCUCUUGCAUGUCUUAAGUCUCUCCCCUCCUUCCCUACUGCCAUUUCCAUCCAUCCUGUCUGCUAAUCCAGAAUCCUGGAAAACCCACCUUUGGGCUUCCACGACUACGGCACACUCUGGUACUUGAUGAAUCUGGUAAGGGAAGGGGCUCAAGAAAAAACCCAUUCAUCGCCACACCUUGUAUGUUGGGCAUAGGGACCCUGCAACAACACGCUGCUCCCACCCCUACCCUGUACAACCAGUUGUCUUGAAGGGAGACAGUGACCUCAAGCGCUGGCUGGGGGUUCUGAACAGCCCCUCACCAGAGGGCAGCACUUGAAUGGCCUGGAGUACCUGGUCUACCACUUACUGUUACUCAGACCUCACACUCCUCUGACAUCUGCUUCAGAGCAGAGGGCACAGUGACCUCCUGCUCUGGCCAGCCUACCAGAGACCACUUCAGACCGUGGGUUAUCUGGCCCUGGGGUGUCAGUUCCUGAGAGGGUCCCCUGGACCAGACCUGCCCUCUGCAGUUAUAUGCCACUUCUAAGGGGGUCUCCUGUGAGGCACUAAGACAGGAGGCCCAGAGCAGGGGAGGGGGGAAUACACUUUCCAAAGGAGCCAAGAGUGGAAUGCUGAAGGGGUUCCAGUCCCCCAUCUCUGGUGCCAAAUUUGGUUCUUCAACUUGGCUUCCAAGGGGACCAUUCUGUCCACCUUGAGCUGUCCUUGUGGGUGGGGGUAUAGGAUGAUGGCUGUAACUAGACAGAUGUUCUCUUACAAAAGGAGGUGGUGACGUCAACUCCAUCAAGGCUCAUAUUUUCAGUAUAUUUCUUCCCCCGUAGAGUUGGCCUUGCAUUCUGUAAGGUUUGCCUGAUUCCCUGUCUCCCGGCUCCCUGCCCUUCCAUCCUCUUCCCCCCGCCCCCCUCCCCCUCCCCCCCGACUGUUCCCUUUGUUUCUCACCUUCUGACCUCCUCCAGCUCAGGGUUAUUGGCAGUGGACAGACUGCUGGGCUGGGCCCACUCUUCAGCUGCCUAUCUUUUCCCUACACCGGCUUCCUGGGGGUGGGAGCAUGGUAGCUGCAGGGGAAGAAACACACGAUGGGUGAGCCCAGCAUGUGUGUUGGUUCGAGGGGGAGGGCUCGGAGCAAGUGCGAGCCUGGCUGGGACAGGUGGAACCCAGGUGAAGGCAAGGUGAAGGCUUCCAGGAAGGGCAGCUCCAGGGAGUGCUGUUCUCCCCAUCUGUACAUUCGUCCUGAGAAGCUGGUGUGGGGAUGUUGGGAAGGUUGUGGGUAGGGCUUCCUAAGGUCCUCUCCCAAAGCGGCCAGGCUGAGGGCAACCUCACCCGCAGGGGCAGGGAACAGGGGAGGGCUCCAUUUCUAUCCAACAGGCAUGUCCAAACCCCAGCAUUUCCACCUGGAUGCACACCAGGAAAGAAGAAACCUGGAAGCCGCUCAAGACACGUUGGCUAUACAGAAAAGCACAGUCUGGUUUAACUGUUUACAGAGGACACGUGUAUUGUUCCAGGGCUCAGGCUUUUCGCCUCUAAAGAUUUUACCUUCUCUAUUUAUUAUUUUCUAGCUCUGGCCAGUGGCUCUGACACCAAAUGCCACUGCAGCCAGAUCUCCAACAGUGCCUUGGACCAUGGACCCUCAUGGCUGACUCAGCAAGAAGGGCUGGUGCCUUGGAAACAGCUGAGUUGGCCCUUGAUCUGCUUAAUGUUUACGCCUGUUACCCGUGUUCCCUGGUGCCCUUCCCCACUACCUUUGGGUUAGUUUUUCCAGCUUUUUUUGUCCAAUGUAAAAUUCAGUUAACCUCAUGCAACCUGUUCCCUUCUCAGCAGCAGCGCCCACUCCUCCAGUGUGCUGGAAGUAAGGUGUGUUUAGGGUGGUGGGAGUUAAAAAUGCUCUGGGUGGAUGGAAAGGGGUCUGGUCCAGGCUCUCCCCACCCCCAUCCCAGUUCCACCCCCGGGGGAGCCAUGGCCAUCUCCCCUCACGUCUACCACCGUCAUGCCCCGGCUGUUCUCACCCACUGUUCAGAUGACAAACGAAGCUCGUGUACAAAAUCCACAGUGCCCUUUCUGCCUGCACCUUUUUUUCGUAAGAAUAUAUUGUAAUACUAAAAAAUAUUAAAUCCGUACCACCCCCAUCUA